AUGGUGGUUUUCCUUCUGCGCCUAGUGUGGACCGCCAGCAACUACACGCUAGUUGUGUUGCCCACGUGGAUCAUGUCAAUGCUCCAGCGGCAAUUUCUGGUCACGUUGUCCUUGCUGCUGAUUGCCGUGCUGGCAUGCUUGCUAGUUUCCAUCACGUACUACGUGGUGCGGCAGCGGUACUUGCGCAAGUAUUCUGCCGACACCACGCCGCCCAAAAAGGACGCGCCGGCGGCCCAGUUCAGCCAGGGGCUCGACUACGUGGCCGGCGCCAAGAAAAAACGCGGCACGGACCGCUCCAAAAACUACUUGGACGAGUUUCUCAGCGCCAUCAAGGUGUUUGGGUACUUGGAGCGGCCCGUGUUCCACGAGCUCACGAAAAACAUGACCACGCAGAAGUUGGCGGGCGACGAGAUCUUGUGCUUGGACGAGGGCGUCGGGUUCUCCAUUGUCGUCGAGGGCACCGUGCAAGUGUACACGAAAAUGGACGAUGUUGCCGGGCCCGUGGUGGACUUUGAGUGCGCCGCCGAGGGGCGCGAGAAAGACGAGAUCUUGCUCGUGUCCAACCACCGCUACCACCUCUUGAACGAGGUCAAGAGUGGCUCGUCGCUCCUGUCGCUCCUCAGCACCGUGGACCUAUUCAAGUCCGAUGCCGUGGGGGCAUACAGCCGCAAGCAUUCGGCCUUGGGCACCGACUCUCCGGCAGGCUUCCCGUUCAAUGCAAGCGGCACGGCUUCCUUCGAUGGCCAGGCGUUCAUGCACCGGUCGCCAUCUUUCCAUGCCAGUCCAAACGGUCUCAAGAUGCCGGAGAGUCCUGUGGUCAACAGCGCCGUGUCGCCCCUGGAGGGCCUGUUCCACGACACUCUCCCUGCGAUUAUUGCUCGGCCCAAGGCGCUGCAAGACGUCCAGGAGUCCACCGCCACCAUCGCCAUCAUCCCGUGCCUGGCGUUCCAGCGCGUGUACCACAAGUUCCCCAAAGCCACCUCGCACAUCGUCACCAUGGUGCUCACGCGUCUCUACAAAGUGACGCUCAGCGCCGUGCACAACUACUUGGGGCUCACCAAAGAAGUCAUGGAAAGCGAGAUUGCCUUGAACGACAUCAGCGCCGAGUGCAAGCUCCCCAGCUACCUUGCCGAGGGCGUGCUCGAAAGCUUGCGCCACCAAUGGACCGAGGCCCCAGCCUCGGAGCUCUCGCUGCUGGUGCGUGUGAUGCCUAAACUGACGAAGAAGGCCCGCAGGCACAUGCGCGAGAACUCAUCACGUUACGUGAUCCUCGCCUCAAGGUACAAAGCCUCCCACCCGGGCGACUUGCUCUCGGCCGUGCCCUUAUCACGCCGCCCCGAUUUCAACCGCAUGAGCCUGGGCUCUGCUGAGAAAGACGUAUCGGCGCCGGCGCCCAGUGCCAGGCCCUUGUUGCAAAAGGCCUCUUACAACAAGUCCUAUGCCCCCACUCUCGCGUCCAUCCAGUCGUCGGUUGAUGUGCGUGAGCGGUGCUUUUCGGACGAGCGCGAGGAAACAGAAGAGACGUCGUUGCGCACAGCAAUCGUGGAGAAUCUCUUCAAGUUGCUAGGCAUCGAGGAAGACCAGUUUGGGCCCGGCUUCCAGGGCCUUCAGACUGGCCACACGUCGGCCAGCUCGAGCGUGUUGUACACGACAUUCCACCAAAACACAGGCAAGCCCGAAAAAGGCCCAGAAACCGCGAGUGCCAGGAUAGCCAACUCACAAGAGCAAAACAAUUUGGCCAACGGGCUUGAGCCAAGUUUCUCCACAGUCAAAAAUGCAUUCAGCAAAAACAUCGAGGUGAAGUAUUACGCUCCUGGAACCGCAGUCGUGACCCAAAAUUCGUUUGACACGGGCCUCUUCUAUGUCAUACAUGGGAGAUUGGACGUCUCCACGUGUCACAAAAACGACGGGGAUGACUCAAUGGGCACGUCGGUCAACAAAAGGCUUUACAGUGUGAAUCCCGGCGGAUUGGCUGGUUAUUUGAGUACCAUUGUAGGAUUCCGCUCUUUGGUCUCGGUAACUAGCUCUUCAGAAGAAGGCGCGGUUGUCGCCCAUAUUUCUAAGAAAGAUUUCCUGACGCUCUUGGACAAGUACUACUUUUUGCAGCUCCCUGUGGCAUCAAAACUCAAGCACUUGUUGCCCAGCAUGAUCAAAACCAUCGACUUCGCCCUUGAGUGGUGCCACAUCCCUGCUGGUGGUGUCUUGGCAACACAGGGUGACCUCGCAAACGGAUUUCACAUAGUGCUCAGUGGUCGGUUCAGAGUAAUCAGGGAUAAUAGCAAAAAGGUGGAGUCUGGUAUCUACCAUCAUAACCAAAGCCUUGUGGAUGAAGCAAACGCGCCGCAGAUCGGCGACAAAGAGGAGAGCUAUGAAGUCCUUGGGGAGUAUGGCCACGGUCAAUCUAUUGGCGAGGUGGAGGUCUUGACUGCUACAAGGAGAACUAAUUCUUUGAUUGCCGUGCGUGAUUCCGAAACAGCGAGAAUCCCAAGAACUUUGUUUGAGAUGCUUUCGUCGCAAAACCCGGCUAUAAUGGUACAAGUCUCGAGAAUUGUUGCCAAUAGAGUGCUCAAGAGUAAUGACAGAGAGAACUUCGCCACGCUUGCCACGUCUAAUCAUUCAAGAGCAGCGGAAGUUAACAAGGAAUACAAGACGAUUACAAUACUUCCGUGUGUCAGUGGUCUUCCUGUUAGAGAUUUUGCCGAUCGCUUGACCCUGGCAUUGCGUGCCAUUGGUCGGAAUGUCAUUGCCCUUGAUCGAGCCUCCACUUUGACCCAUUUGGGAAGGCAUGCAUUUGAUGAACGACUUGCACAUUUGAAGCUUUCAGGAUACUUUGCAUAUCUUGAAGAGAAGUACGAGACCGUUGUUUAUGUCUGUGAUACCCCCUUAAAGUCUAAAUGGACCUCGACUUGCAUUUCGCAAGGAGAUUGCAUCUUGCUUUUGGCGGACGCUGAAGACGACGAGUGUGCAACGAACGUGGGUGACUACGAAAGAUUAUUAUUGAAGCUCAAGACGACCGCAAAAACAGACUUGUGUCUCAUUCAUUCGGAUAAAUCAGUCAUUCCAGGCUCGACGAGUAUUUGGUUGCAAAACCGUAUCUGGGUACAGGACCACCAUCACGUCGAAAUGGCAAUUUCAAGGGACCGGGCCGUUAACAAAAUGAAAAAGAAAAAUAAUUUGCUUUUAGAAUUGGCCAUGAAAAUUAGCAGCAAGGCUAACCCAAACAUUAAGCAUAAGCUCGAAAACGUGAGGUCUCGUGCUCUUGAAUCCUGGAUGAAACUUAACAACAGGGUGAACAAACAUAAUGAAGUUCCCGUUGCUCACAAAAAUGAUUUUAUGCGCUUGGCUAGGAUUCUUUCUAAUGAAGCAGUUGGGCUUGUUCUAGGGGGUGGAGGCUCGCGUGGUAUAUCCCAUGUUGGAGUUGUCACCGCUUUGGAGAAGCAUGGAAUACCUGUUGACGUGAUAGGAGGUACUUCUAUUGGGUCUUUCGUGGGAGGGCUAUAUGCAAAGGAGAACAACAUUGUGUCUAUCUAUGGAAUGUCGAAAAAGUUUUCCAGUCGAGUUGGUUCUCUUUGGAGGAACAUCUUCGAUCUCACUUAUCCUGUAACUUCGUAUAUCACGGGUUACGAAUUUAACCGAGGUAUUUCCAAAGUGUUUGGCUAUCAUGAAAUCGAGGAUUUCUGGAUCAAAUAUUUCUGCAACUCUACGAACAUCACAAUGUCGAAGAUGGAAAUACACCAGAGAGGCUAUGCUUGGAGAUUUAUCAGAGCGUCAAUGUCAUUAGCUGGGCUUCUUCCACCAAUUGCAUACAAUGGUUCAAUGUUAUUAGAUGGGGGCUAUCUCGACAAUCUUCCUGUUCUGGAAAUGAAGAACCGCGGAGCGAAGUAUAUCAUUGCCGUGGAUGUCGGCUCAGUGGAUGAUAGAACUCCCAUGAACUACGGCGAUACAUUAUCAGGUUUUUGGGUCCUCUUUAACCGAAUUAACCCCUUCUCAAAGCACCCAAAUGUUCCCAACAUGAUGGACAUUCAAUUAAGACUAGCUUAUGUUGCUAGUGUCUAUGCCUUGGAGAUAGCUAAGAAGACCCCAGGUGUGAUCUAUCUUCGGCCUCCUAUCGACGAUUACGCCACUCUUGAUUUUUUGAAGUUUGACGAAAUUUACAAUGUCGGAUUGGCAUAUGCCGAUGAGAUCUUGACCCGUUUUCGUUCCGUGUUUUCAUUGAUGAACGGCACAAAAGAUGAGCCUGCCUCGAAAGGAUCAGCAGAACUUUGUGAGCAUUGGUCCACUUUCACAUUCUCCGGAUUCCCUUUUUCUUCGGUCUUAUGA